AUGAUUUCUUCGGACCAUUCGCCAUCGCCGUUGGAUUUGAAACACGUAGACUCUGGAGACUUUAUUAAAGCGUGGGGAGGUAUUUCAGGGUUACAGCUUAGUUUACCGUUAACUUGGACGAAAGGAAAGGAAAGAGGGAUGACGCUGAGUCAAUUCGCCGGUGAGAACAAAUUUUAUUCAGCAUUCUGUUUUUCUUUUUGUUCUUUUCGUUUCGUUUUUACAUCUUGCGAGAAGGGACGGGAGACGAGGGAUACGGUGAUUGAUACCCACCAGUAA